GCUGCCGCCGCUCCGCGCGGCGCCCGCGCGCGUAUUUCCCCGCUGCGGGCGGCGGCGGGGGCGCGGCGCCGCGCGGCUGCUCGGGGCCGCCGGGAGAGCGGCCGCCCCGUCGGCGCCGCAGCGCGGCCGCGGAGGGGCGGCGCCGGGGGCGGCGGCUCGGCGGCGGCGGCAACUUUUGGGCGCUGCGCGGGGCUGCGCGGGGCGAUGGCGGCGGCGCGGCGGCGGCGCUGAGCGGCCCCGGCGGCGGCGGCGGCGGGCGGCGGCGGCGCGAUGCCGGCGGCGGCCGGGGGGCUGCUGUGGUGGAGCUGCGUCCUGGCGGCGGCGGCCGCCGGCUCCCCGCGGGCCGCCGCGGCGGCGCAGGCAGUGUGUGCUGGCACCGAGAACAAGCUGAGCUCCCUGUCUGACCUGGAGCAGCAGUAUCGGGCGCUGCGCAAGUACUAUGAGAACUGCGAGGUAGUUAUGGGCAACCUGGAGAUCACCAGCAUUGAGCACAACCGAGACCUCUCCUUCCUGCGGUCUAUCAGAGAAGUCACAGGCUAUGUUUUGGUGGCUUUGAAUCAGUUUGAGUACCUGCCACUGGAGAACCUGCGCAUCGUUCGUGGGACCAAACUCUACGAAGACAGAUACGCUUUGGCAAUAUUUCUUAACUACAGGAAGGAUGGUAACUUUGGACUCAGGGAACUUGGCUUGAAGAACUUGACUGAGAUACUGAAUGGCGGCGUGUAUGUUGGCCAGAACAAAUUUCUGUGCUUCGCAGACACCAUUCAUUGGCAGGAUAUCGUGCGCAACCCCUGGGCCUCCAACUUCACCUUGGUCCCGAUGAAUGGCAGCUCGGGCUGUGGCCGAUGCCACAAGUCAUGCACUGGACGAUGCUGGGGACCCACAGAGAAUCACUGCCAGACCUUAACGAAGACAGUGUGCGCAGAGCAGUGUGAUGGACGGUGCUAUGGGCCCUACGUCAGUGACUGCUGCCACCGGGAAUGUGCUGGAGGCUGUUCUGGACCUAAAGACACUGAUUGCUUUGCCUGCAUGAAUUUCAAUGAUAGCGGAGCAUGUGUCACACAGUGCCCCCAGACGUUUGUGUACAAUCCUACCACCUUCCAACUGGAGCAUAAUCACAAUGCCAAGUACACCUAUGGAGCUUUUUGCGUCAAAAAGUGCCCACACAACUUCGUGGUGGAUUCGAGCUCUUGUGUUCGUGCAUGUCCGAGCUCCAAGAUGGAGGUUGAAGAAAAUGGUAUAAAGAUGUGCAAGCCCUGCACUGACAUUUGUCCUAAAGCAUGUGAUGGCAUUGGAACAGGGAGUUUAGUGUCUGCUCAGACGGUGGAUUCCAGCAACAUUGACAAGUUCAUAAACUGUACCAAGAUCAAUGGCAACCUUAUCUUUCUUGUUACUGGGAUUCAUGGGGACCCAUACCACACAAUUGCUGCAAUCAAUCCAGAGAAAUUAAAUAUCUUCCAAACAGUGAGAGAGAUAACAGGGUAUUUGAACAUACAGUCGUGGCCUGAGAAUAUGACAGAUUUCAGAGUGUUUUCUAACUUGGUAACUAUUGGUGGAAGAGCUCUGUAUAGUGGCCUUUCUUUACUCAUCCUGAAGCAGCAAGGCAUUACCUCUUUGCAGUUUCAGUCCUUGAAGCAAAUCAGUGCUGGCAACAUCUACAUAACCGACAACAGUAAUCUGUGUUACUACCAUACUGUCAACUGGACCAGCCUCUUCAGCACGCCCAGUCAAAAGACCGUGAUUCAUCGAAAUAAAAAAGCUGAGAACUGCACUGCUGAUGGAAUGGUGUGUAAUGAGCUAUGCUCAAGUGACGGCUGUUGGGGGCCAGGGCCAGACCAGUGUCUCUCCUGCAAGCGCUUCAUCAGGGGAAGGACCUGCAUAGACUCAUGUAAUCUGUAUGAGGGGGAAUUUCGAGAGUUUGCAAAUGGUUCUGUCUGUGUGGAGUGUGAUCCCCAGUGCGAAAAGAUGGAAGAUAAUAUGAUCACGUGCUAUGGGCCGGGACCCGACCACUGCACAAAGUGUUUCCAUUUUAAGGAUGGUCCAAACUGUGUGGAAAAAUGUCCUGAUGGCUUACAGGGGGCAAACAGCUUCAUUUUCAAAUAUGCCGAUGAGGAUCGUGAGUGCCAUCCUUGUCAUCCAAACUGCACCCAAGGGUGUAGAGGUCCCGCUAGUCAUGACUGCAUUUACUAUCCAUGGACACGCCAGUCCACUUUACCACAACAUGCUAGAACUCCUCUGAUUGCUGCGGGAGUUAUUGGUGGCCUCUUCAUCAUCGUCAUUCUGGGCCUGACGUUUGCUGUGUACGUUCGGCGCAAGAGCAUUAAAAAGAAGAGGGCAUUGCGAAGGUUCCUGGAGACUGAGCUCGUGGAACCCUUGACCCCAAGUGGCACAGCACCCAACCAAGCACAGCUUCGUAUCUUGAAGGAAACCGAGCUAAAACGUGUUAAGGUUCUUGGCUCUGGAGCCUUUGGAACGGUAUACAAGGGUAUUUGGGUCCCUGAGGGAGAAACUGUAAAGAUUCCUGUGGCCAUUAAGAUCCUCAAUGAGACCACUGGUCCCAAAGCCAAUGUGGAAUUUAUGGACGAAGCUCUUAUCAUGGCCAGCAUGGACCAUCCCCACCUGGUGAGACUCCUGGGUGUCUGCUUAAGCCCAACCAUUCAACUAGUCACUCAGCUGAUGCCUCAUGGCUGCUUGUUGGAUUAUGUUCAUGAACAUAAAGAUAAUAUUGGCUCCCAACUUCUGCUGAACUGGUGUGUCCAGAUAGCCAAGGGAAUGAUGUACCUGGAAGAGAGGAGACUCGUUCACCGGGACUUGGCAGCCCGUAAUGUCUUGGUGAAAUCACCAAACCAUGUGAAGAUCACUGACUUUGGCCUAGCCAGGCUUUUGGAAGGGGAUGAGAAGGAGUAUAAUGCUGAUGGAGGGAAGAUGCCAAUUAAGUGGAUGGCUCUGGAGUGUAUACACUACAGGAAAUUUACCCAUCAGAGUGAUGUUUGGAGCUACGGAGUCACUAUCUGGGAGCUGAUGACCUUUGGUGGAAAGCCAUACGAUGGAAUCCCGACUCGCGAGAUUCCUGACCUCUUAGAGAAGGGCGAGCGGUUGCCCCAACCUCCCAUCUGCACUAUUGAUGUUUAUAUGGUGAUGGUGAAAUGCUGGAUGAUUGAUGCUGACAGUCGGCCUAAAUUCAAGGAGCUGGCUGCUGAAUUUUCUAGAAUGGCUCGAGACCCUCAAAGAUACCUGGUUAUUCAGGGAGACGAUCGUAUGAAGCUCCCAAGCCCAAAUGACAGCAAGUUCUUCCAAAACCUUCUUGAUGAAGAAGACCUGGAAGAUAUGAUGGAUGCUGAAGAGUAUCUUGUUCCUCAAGCCUUCAACAUCCCUCCUCCCAUCUACACUUCUAGGACAAGAAUUGAUUCCAACAGGAGUGAAAUUGGACACAGCCCUCCUCCUGCCUACACCCCUAUGUCAGGAAACCAGUUUGUGUACAGAGAUGGCGGCUAUGCUGCGGAGCAGGCAGUAUCUCUGCCGUACAGAGCCCCCGGCUGCGUCAUUCCAGAAGCCCCCGUUGCCCAGGGGGCCACAGCAGAGCUCUUUGAUGACGCUUGCUGCAAUGGCACGCUGCGAAAACAAGUGGCAACCCUGGCACAGGAGGACAGCAGCACCCAGAGGUACAGCGCGGAUCCCACGGUGUUCAUACCUGAGCGGGUCGUCCGGGGAGAGCUGGAUGAGGACGGGUACAUGACGCCGAUGCGAGACAAACCUAAAACAGAUUACCUGAACCCAGUGGAAGAGAACCCAUUUGUCUCCCGAAGAAAGAAUGGAGAUCUCCAAGCUGUGGACAACCCAGAGUAUCACAACGCUCCAAAUGGGCAGCCCAAAGCAGAGGAUGAGUACGUGAACGAGCCGUUGUACCUCAACACUUUUGCCAACACCCUGGAAAACGCCGAGUACCUGAAGAACAAUUUGCCGGAGAAAGCCAAGAAGGCCUUUGACAACCCCGAUUACUGGAAUCACAGCCUGCCCCCACGAAGCACCCUCCAGCACCCGGACUACCUGCAAGAGUACAGCACAAAAUACUUUUACAAACAGAACGGACGGAUCCGGCCCAUUGUGGCAGAGAAUCCCGAAUACCUCUCCGAGUUCUCCCUGAAGCCUGGCACUGUGCUGCCCCCGCCACCCUACAGACACCGAAACACAGUGGUGUAGUAACCGCGGUCUUACAGAAGCGGAAAGGCAACCCCUUCUAGCUGCCUCACUCCUUCUCUCUCUCCCCCUCCCUUUCUUUCUCCCAUGAGCUUCCUCCUCUUGCCCGUUCGCUCAUUUUUGAUAUUUCCAAGUGAAAGGAUGUCUUGGAGUCAUUUGCAGAUUGGGUUGGGAACCUGGAAGGAAGGAAGGAAAGAGACUGAAAGAAGGAGAGUUCAACCUGGCCUUUCUCACUUGCCGCAGAUCCGGAGGGUCCGACGAUCCGAGGAGCCAGACGAUACCAGUAAAGCCAGUGGCAGUGUUGCCUGCUGUCGAGCUAGUUCUCAGUGAUCCGGCCCAGACGCUCUAGGGAAGGUCACGCGAAUUCUGUUUCUUUCGGCAGGAACUGAUGAGAGUCUGUUCAGCAUUCCUGGAAAUCUUGAUGCAGUUUCCAUUAGGGGGGAAAAAAUGGACAAUUUUUAUAUCAUCUGGGAUAGCAUAAUAAUUGAGAUUGAGAAUCCAAUUUCUUUCUCUAACACUUUCUACCCCAGCAACUGAAAAUGGCUAACCUGGCUUUUCAUAAUCAUUCAGAUCUUCAUCGUGGCCUUCCAAGAAAUGAUGAUGUGACUCUAAUAUCUGGCUAACCCCUUAUUCGGAGCCACACCAUGAUUUUGUGCCACUUUCUAACAACAGAGACUUCAGCUCAGAAUGCUGGUGCAUGACAUGACCAUUUUUGUACAUGUGUCCAUACGACAAAUACUUUAAACACAAAAGUCCUUUCAGAAAAAAAUUAACAAAAACACAUCUCCAACAUGCUCUUUUUGAAGCUAAAAGGCCAAGAAACCAGGAUUUGUAUGCAAAAAGCUUUGCUUUCAUGUUUUAUACCUACUGAAUAUAGAUAUAUAAAAAGACCCAAACAAAUUCUUCCCUCUUUUUCUUCUUUGUGAUCAUGAAAGUAGUUGGGGAUGCUGUCAGGCAACACUGAGGACAAGAUGGAGACUGGAGAGUUUACUGUGGUUCAUGAAGUUUGCUGGUGUUCCGUGGGGUGGUGGUGGGAAGGGUCCUUUAAACUGGAAGAAAGACACUGGACUGGAGAAAACGCACAUAGCGGUUCACUGGAAAGUUAGUUUGCACUUAAGCUCUGAUUUUAUUUGAACUGUUUUCUGGAUUUUGAAUGAAGCAAUAUGGAAGCGACCAGCAAAAUACAAAAUAAUACUUUUAAAUUUUAAAAAGUGAAUUAUAUGUAAAGGAUGACUGUGGAAAUGCCAAAAUGAAGCAAAUCAAGUCUUUGGAACAGUGUCCACCAGUUCUGAGAGGCCAGUGCAUUGACUACUUCAGAGAAUACAGUGAGAGAGCAACCUGCUCUUACUGCUGCCACGUGAAGGACAGCAGAGCAAGCCCUGGAGGGGGUCGGAGGCGAAAAAUGUCUUGCUCGGGCUUGCAGUACAAUCCGGAAUACUCUUCUUCUAAAAGGAGGAUUACUUUGGCACAGAAGACAGUGCAUACGAGGUUUUAGAAGUCAAAAUGUGCAUGACUCGCAGAGCUUUCAGUCAAAAAUGUAAAUAAGUAUGAGUCAGUCUCCUUGCACUUAGUUUUGCUUUCAUCAACCUCAGUUUUUAUGUAGACACCCUCCCUUCCCUCCCUCCGCCCUCCUCCUGUUUGGAAAUAUCUUCUCGCCAGAGUUCUGGAUGGUUUUAGCAACCUAAGGCAGAUGGAGUUGGGAAGGAAGGAGUAAGGGCCAGCAAUGCUGAUGUCUUGCUCCUCGUGUGCAAAGACCCAUAUGUGAAAGAGCAUUUGCGCACCUGGUACCCAGGGAAAAUCUUAAGCAUUAAGUAUCUUUGAGGGUUUGUCUGUGUCUCUAGCUGUCAAGGCUUUUAAAGGGGAAGAAAUAAUACUCUUGUUGGAUGGUAAUCCUAGGCGAUACAACAGUAUUUCAGUUUAUGCACUUUAGUACUAUUAAAGUAAAGAUCCUUUGGGUGACCUCGCCUGGCAACAAAACCAGCAGCAGCCAGUGGUCUGGAAGUCCUGCGUGGCAUUCCUCCAAAAUCCAACCACCUGAGCAGUUAGCCGCCUUCAGUCGUAAAGCAGCAGGGGAGGGAGUAAGAAACAACUUCUCGUCCUCAGCCUGCCCCUUUGAGCUGCUUUUCAGCGUCGCUACCGUGCAGCGUUUGGGAAAAGCCACUGGCGGCAUCACCUCCCCGUCCCCCGUAUUCCUGGGAGCACCACGCAGUGGUUACCCCAGUCUUGGUGUUUCAGGGCCAGCUAGACAAAAACAUGAAAGGUCAGGAGGAGCCUCUUGAUUUCCAACCUGGGCUGGUUGUCGUUAAACCCGGAGGCCCCGUCGCAGGAAGGUUUGCCAGGGUAAUGCUCGCAGGGUGGGAUUUGAGGCAUGGGUGAAGGUCUGCAAGGUUGGGCCAGAAUUGCCGAGUGUCCUGGGGGCAAAACCAGCGCAGCGUUGCAAAUGUGUGUUUCAGUGCAGAAGCAGCUGCGGUGACGUCGGUGAGGGGAGAAAGGGCGGGAUGGUUUGUCCUGAACAGAUACUCCUGAUGGGGGGGGAAAAACCCUGGUGCAGCUCGGGAGAGAGGGAUGCACACCUCCAAAAAUGGAGGCGAUGGUACUAGGCUGUAGCUGCUAAGGGAGGGUGAAGGCCCGUGCAUCUUCUCUGAUCGUUAAGUAAUACUGGCAUUAAAAACAAGCCCGUUGAGUAAACAAAAUAGAAAUAAUUGUGUUCUUUAACAGCUUAACUUUUUAAUUCUUACAAAGCUUGAAUUAUUUAUUCAUUUUAAUUGUUGACUGUGGGUAUCAUGUACUAUAUUCGGUAGCGUGGAAAUGCAGAGAUUCCUCGGAGUGAGGCAGCACGAAGGCUGUACCUGAAGUUGCGACACUUUGGGGCUCGGAAAAGCAGACGGGUUGGGCAGUGCCAAAUGUAUCUUGAAUAGCCAAGGGUGAACAAAGAAUUAAUAAGCAUAGUAAUCUGUGGUGAUGGAAAACUCAACAUACUGCAUCUGAACAAAUGGGCAUCAUUUAUUUUUAUUUUUUUCUGAGUUUCUGGUUUGAGUUGCAAUUGCUGAGAGCUUUUUUCUUUUGCCAAAAAUAGCCCGUAGAUUUCCUGCUGUGCCCACAGUUGACCAUCGUGCAGCGUAUUGACCUGAGCUGUGCCGAGCAUCUGGCUGGCCUUUUCCUUUCCCCGCUGAGAACAGCAGUCUUCAUGAACGACGACAAAAGAAGCCCGUAGAUCUGUGCACUGUCUCUGAAAGUUUUCACCUGAACUACUUUGACAUAUUUUGGCCUCUUUGCCACAGAAUGAGAGUGUAUCCACAGUUUAAACCCCAAAAAACUAAGGGCAGAACAGUUUGGCUUCUUUAACCUGGUAGGCACAAAUAACUGGCUAGCUUUAAUUCACAUAUUAGCAUUAGGGGUUGUAGCUACUAUUUUGGUGAAAGGAAAUCGGGCGCUGUGGCGAAUGUGCAAGCAUCGCAAGUCAUGAGAGAUGAAGGUCAGGUUUUUUUAAUGAGCAAUCGCAGGUGUCUGGGAAAGAAGCAGAUCUUUUUCCCCACACAAACUGCAUUUUGUCAGCACAAAGCAGCAGAUAAAAGAGCAUCAGCAGACGUGUUUUGUCCAGCCCUAGUUAAUUCUCUGGUUCCACAGUUGUAUCAGUAAACACUGCUGUCAGGUUUUAUGGAUUUUAUAUGCAGUCUGCUAUUUGUAAAUGUUUUCCUUUCCCUUAUCAUAGCAUGAUGAUGGAAGAACAGUGAAUAACUUUCCAAGAGCCGAUUCCUGCGUCUUCACCAGCUCUUGUCCCAAGGCACAAAUGAAAGAGAACAACAGCUGUUUUUUUUCCCUCAUCUCUUUCAGGGAUACUUAACUUAGAUGUUACUUACCUACCUGUGGGUUAUUUCAAACGAUGUGGAUGGAUGCUGGAUUUGAUUCGUUUGCUAUGACAUAUUGACUGAACCAGACUACUUUUAUGUUGCCUUUUUCAACUCUUUCAAUGCUCCUUUUUCCUACAAAAUAGCUAGGAUUUUUCUUUGGUCAUUUGUUCAAAUGUAGCAGAGUAUUUACGGCUCGUUUUCCUGCCGGUCGUCUCUCAUAGGUAGCAAACCAGGGGAAUAACUGCAAGCGCGUAGCAGCAGUGGGAGCCACCAUGCAGGGCUGUUUCAGGUACCCUGCACUCAGCCCAGAAAUCUUUGGGUAAAGAAGUGUUGUUAACCCCGGUUUGUACCAUUUCUUUGAUGGAGAAUGCAUUUCAUGGCAGAAAGAGUUGUAUGCAAUAAGCUUAUUUCUCUGGAUUAAUGGGGAAACGCCUUUCCCGUCACGUCCCGCAGUGGGUAAGCCCAGAAGUUGAGCGCGAAGGGCAGUUGAUGUCCAUGUGCUAUGGGGCACAGCAGCCUGCACACACACAGUUAAUAGUCUUGCUGUCAGUGAGCCUAGAAAUAGGGGUUUUUUGAGGAUGGGCCUGUAUGGGAAACUCAGAUACUAAGAAAAAAAUUGGACUUUUUUCCUGGUGGAUCGUCUGGGUGGAGGUUUGGCAUCAUGGUGGCACCAUAAAGGAAUGAAGAUGGGGCUUUUGCAUGGCCCCUUCGCACUGCCCCACAGAGAAGGAGGCUUUAGCACCCGUCAGAGUUGGGCUGCCUUUCUUGUAAUUCCCCAGCGUAUCCAAAAGCCUUCAGAAGUAUUAAAGUCAGUUAGGUGUUCACCUGCUUUGAAGGUGUUUUAGCUUGAGAAGAGUGGUGGAAAUAGGCUUUAGCAUGAAUCAGCAUCAGGCCUUUGGUUAUCGGUGAGCUCUCUGGCUGUUAAAGAGCUCCUCAAAGUAGACAAUAUAACCUGGAGUUUCCCAAAUACUGUUUUAAAGGUGGUUUUACCUGCGGUAACAUGAAGCCUGUACACCCAUUCGUUUCUAGAUCCACCACUUGUCGUUGGACCUUAGACCUGUGUUACUGUCAACAGCUCCUCUGUUGUUAUAUGAAAUCUUGGAUUUGGGUUCAGAUAUUUUGGGGGACGCUAAAGCUAUGGAUGGGGAGGGCUUGGUUGUAGCAUUCACGCUGCGUUGCAUGCGAGGAGCCGUCGUAGUCUCGCGGUCGGCCUCUGUACAGCCCUGCUUUGCUUGGCAGCGUCUCUCUUUUUUUCCCCUGGCUUUUGAUAAGCUUUAUGCAGGUAGGAGAAGGUCAUUGCUACAAAUGGGGUUUUCAGGCUGGGAUAAAUAACAGAAAUAAAGUUCCAUGGUUAGAAGCACCAGUCUAAAAUGUCCAAAAAUCACUUGUGUCCAUCUUUUGUUUUAAAGGACUAAUUUAAUUUUAUCACUAAAUCUUUCUGUGAUCGCUAGGGCCCCAUUCCUGUAGCGCUGUGGGCAUCAGUACAUUACUAUGCUUGCGGGCUCAUGGCUGUUGGUGAAAUUAUUCAAGGGAGGGCUUGCUUCACUCACACCGUGGUGGCAGCUGGACUCAGCCUGCAGGACGGGAAGGGAGCAAAGGUGCGGAGCAUCCUUCAGGGAUGUCUGUGGUGGGACGUGUUUCAGCUGCAGCCAAGCACAUCUCCAAAUCAGAGCCCGAAUGCAAAGACGGUGCCCAUCGUGCCCAAGACAGGCGCCAGUCAGGUCUGUGCCGGGAAGCCGGAAUAGCGAAAGGGAGAAUAGCGAAAGGGAUGAAGGGGAACCCUAAGGACGUUAUCCUGGUUGAUUAGGAAACGAGGAGUCACAGCUGCCUAGCUUUUUUGGAGAGCUUUGUGGACCUUUGGUAGAGAGGGGUUUUGGGAGCUACUAAAGUGGUGUAAUUAUGUCCUAGUCCUCCCCUCCCUUCUCCUGAAAAAAGCCAUGUAACCGUGCUCUAGACGUGAAGAUAGGAAAGCAGUUUCAUCGCGGAUGAGACCACCAGGGCAACGGUGUCCGGGGAGCCCCUGCCCUCGGCGCGCUGGGCCGGAGGCGAGCAGGGCUUGCCAGGGCUCGUGGCCCGCGGCGCGGCUGCCGCCGUCCCCUGCCCGCCCCGCCAGCCCUCUUAGGGAGAAAACACUGUAUUUGUCCAUAGCACUCCGAAGACUGAACCCUUUUGGGAUAACCACAGUAAUAAACUGUGAAUGGUAUUUUAUAAGUAAGUGUAGAUAUGUAUGCCGUUCUUUUGAAGUAAGGUACUAUGACAUAUGUAGCAUAAACUGGUACUGCUGUUAAAUGGGUCGAUUAUUAACUGAGCAGCUGUGUAAGGGGUAGCUAACUCUGAACGCGCCAAAGCCAGCGUGCCUCCGGCGGCGGGUGCCGCAGGCGUUGCCGGCACUCGUCCUCUAGUGGUGGGGUACGGCGCGAGGAAGACGCCGAUCCGGGAAAACAGGAGUUGCAGUUUCUUUUUAUUGCAUUUUAAUGUGGGAAAUUGGUACACAUUCAGUACAUUGUUCAUAACGGUUUUAAUCUGCUUUUUUGCCCAGCUUUUGAAAUUUUCCAAAAAUUAGAAUUUUCCUCAGCAGUAGCAGCCCUAGUGGAGGGGGGCAAAAUCGGGGGGGAAAAAAAACCCAGUCUCCUUGCCAACCCCAAAAUACCAAUAUCCAAAAUAUAUUUUUUGACCUGAUGGGUCGAUCUGUGUGCAUACUUAGCCUGAUGAGGCUGAUUCCCGCGCCCGGCGGAUGGCGUGACUGCGGUCCUUCCAGCACCCCUCGAAGUCCCCGGAUGAGACCCCGCCGCGGGGUGAGGCAGGAGUAGCCCAGCGUACCUCGCGACCUACCUUGAGAAGAAGAGCAGCAGGGACGUGUUGGGGAAGACGCUCGUUUCUGGCGACGUGAUGCAUUCAGAGUUAGCUGCCUUUCUGAAACAAAAAUAAAAAAAAAACCACAAAAACUACUGUAUGUUACUUUGAAAAUGUGAAUAGUAUUUUUAUAGCUUGUUAAAGACACAGCUAGUUGCAUUUGUAAAUAAGGAUAAUGUUGCUUUUAUUUUCCUUGUGGACACCAUUCUUUGGAACAUAAUUGUCCUUAGGGUUGAUUUGUAUAUAGGUAAUUUGCUUGUGAUUCUGCGGCUCCUCGCCUUUCCGUUGCCCCCGCCCGGUUUCGGUUCGCGGUACCAUUUCUGCAGUCUGUGUGACUCCGUGUAUUAGCACUAGCGUGGUGUGUCCCCACGUCCUGCACUUGCUUACGCAGUAGGGUAUGCCGAUCGUGCGUGGCGUAGCGGUCCCUCAGCCUUUCCUUUCUCACAUUUUAGCUAUUGAGGAUUAUGCACUGUUAAAAUACUUACUGACCUGGGUUAAUGUUAGGUACAUAAUUUAGCAUAAUUUCCCUUCUUUUCAUAGUUUUGGGGGUUUCUUUUUUUCCUCUUUUUUUCUUUUUCUUCCUUCCCUCCCUUUUGUCUUGUUUGGAGGCUGGGAAGAAACCUGUGGAUCUUCUUCUCUUCGUGUGGUUACGUCCCCCGCCGUGUGCAGCCCCGAGUUCCUCCUCCCGCGCCCCGGGGUAGAGCUUUAGCUGUUCGUUAGGGCAAGCGACCCGUAGGCUGCGACCCACCGUGCAUCAACCCGCGCUCAUCCCCGCUGAACAAUUUGAAAACGGUUCUGCCUUUUUGUUACAUGAAUCUGUCAGAAAUAUAUUUUUAAUUUAAUAUAAAUGAAAUUCAAUAAAAUACGAAACAAAC